ACGUCAGGAUCAGCUGUUUGUACUGCCUGGCAACUGGUGUAAACGAAGGGACAAAAGGUGCAGCCACGCCACCAGAGACUAAACAAACCUGCCCGCCCCAGCGAGAAGUCCAGCUUUCAGCCCGCCAAGAUGUUGCAGGACAGACGACAAGACUUACAUUUGACCAGUACUGGCAAGGGGCACGAGUUCCGAGGGAGUUACUACUUCCCUGACUCCACAUUUAGGACGACAGUCCUUGACCCCCUGCCUCCCCCGUUGUCUAAGCAAGAUGAGGUACACCCGUACGACAGCCUUAUCAACAACUAUGAAACCACCACUGGGAAAGUCCAUGACUACAAGUACAUGGGGGGUGUUCUGUCCAACCCCCUGCACAAAAAGUCUCCAGGACAUUGGAAAGUACACUACGUAAAGGACCUUCAUGAAAAGCUCCAGGUCCGUGAGGCCCUGCGCCCUGCCCUCACCAUGGGCAAUCAGAAGACAGAAGUUCAGGACAACUUCAACGCAAAACGGGGGCUGAGUCUGGACUCCGCAUUUAAUGCAGGUCCACAAAACCCAACAUUGAGAGACCACCAUGUGGACGGUCCCACUAAGGCAGUGAUAGCGAGCACAAAGAAUGACGCUCUAUCUGGGCAGCCGUUCUAUGCGCGUGACCAGGGCGUGCUGAGACUGAACGACAUGUACAUUACCACAACGCACAAAGAUCACAGGCCUUUCAGCAGGCAUGAGAUGGAGGGGUAUCCAAGAAAGGACAUCCCGACUUAUUGGCAGUGUGAGGAUUAUCCAAAAGCUUGGGGACAUGGACUUAAACACAACCCUCUUCCAAAAGACGCCUCUAGAAUCUCCAGAGAAACCCCCAUGAGAGACAUCACCUGGUUUCCCACGGCAACCAGGAUUCCCAGACUCCCUAAGAAGCUGUCACCUGUACCUCACAGUGGCCUGAAGACCCUGUACAGCCAGUCUUACAUCGAACCAUCCGAUGUUAAGAGCAAGGAUAUCUUCUCCUGCCCUGUGGACACUCCAUGGGUCAUACCAGAUCCUGGUCCACUUGAAGCAUUUGCAGUACCGAGCAUGUACAAGACAGAAUACAUGACAUAUGCAAGCGGCAAGCCUAUCUCUGUUUAGAUAAUGAAAUAUCUUACUUUGUCUAAUUCUGCUGUGUCAUAAGCUGACUGUUUAACAACAUAUUUCUAACAGUACAAACUUGAUAUUGCUUUUUUAAAAGUAUUUAUGUUACGGACAGAGGGUCAGUGCUUGUAUAUAGCGUUACUGGAACAUUUAAAGAUGCAUUUUAGUGACAUUCACCUGACGUAGGUUAUUGCUUAAAAUGAAUUACAUUUUAGUCCGCAAAUCCAGAAUCAAGAUUGAUAUGUCUAAUUUUGAAGUACAAAGACUGCAGGUAUACCCCAAAUGGUGGAACAUGUGGUGAUAUAAUGAUAUGACAUGUUUUAACAAUUGUUUAUUAUAUCAUAUUUCAUACACAAUGUAAUCAAAUGUUGUAACGAAGCCACUUCCAGAAUAGGUACUAAAGUAUAGAGUGUCAAACUACCAGUACUUUUAAGGUACACAGUAAUGGAUAUUCUUCAAUGUGACUAAUUUUUGGUGUCAGUUUUUCACAACAAUCAUUACUCACACAAAAACAGUUUUUAUGGUAUGAAAAAAAAAGCUUUGACAAUUUGCUAACAUCCUCUGCCAAGCUGUAUGCUGUAGUUUAGGAACUGUGCAAUAAUGGAAGUGAAAUAUUAUUAUGUCUGACAAAAACUGAGUGUAUGAGAUGUGUUUGAUACUCCCACAACAUGUAACUAAAAGGUUUACAAAAUAAUAAACUAAGGCUUUUCAACAAAA